AUGCGCUCCCGGGCCCCAAACGCAGUUCUUAGUGAGCAACCAGGCGGUACGGCAGAGUUGUUUGAUGUGAGGUCCGAGGACAUGAUCCAAAUCCCUCGAUGCCAGAAACACAUCACCGGUAUCGAAGCCAGCCUCUCAGAGUGGGCGAGAGGUGACUAUCUGUCCAUGUGCGACAUGCUGGGCUCUCCGGGCGAUACAGACCUUAUGAAGAGACUCGAGGCUGAGAGUGGCCAUACGAGCCUCAGCACUGCUGAGAUGCUACAACCCUCAUUAUUGGAGGACUUCCUGAGCUUCGGCGGCGAUGAGGGAGCAAAGGCACAGGUGGAAGUGUUGUGGGGCAAGAUGGACGAGCAGCACGACCUUUGGUUGAACGAGUAUGGGUUCUGGAGACCUGGAUCCUCGGUGAUUUGCUCGAAGUAG